UCGCAAAGCUUCACGGGAUGCGUGGUUGGGAAAAGGCAAAAUGGCGAGCCAGCGUUUUCUGUUACUUAUAAGAAAUGGCAGAUUAAAACCCCUUGUUAGUGCUGUUAAGUCAAGAUGCAUUGGUUAUGCUUCCGACAAUUUUAAAAAAUCUACUAAGUCAUGGGUUGCUUUUGGCUUAAUGACGGCUGGUGGCAGUGCUUGUGCCUUAUUGGGCGCAACUGUGUAUGCUGAAGAACUUGGUUUACAUCCACCUCAUUUUCCAUGGUCUCACCAUGGUAUAACCCAAAGUUUAGAUCAUGCCAGUAUGCGUCGUGGAUUUCAAGUGUAUCAACAAGUGUGUGCUGCCUGUCAUAGUAUGAAGUAUAUUGCAUUUCGACAUUUAGUUGGUGUGACUCACACCGAGAAUGAAGCAAGAGCUUUAGCUGAAGAGGUUCAAGUAUUGGAUGGUCCUGAUGAUGAAGGAAAUAUGUUUGAAAGACCAGGAAAGUUGGCCGAUUAUCUUCCUAAACCUUAUCCUAAUGAAGAAUCUGCUCGGGCAGCAAAUGGAGGUGCUUAUCCUCCAGAUUUAAGCUUCAUUGCAAACGCCAGACACGGUGGUGAAGAUUACAUAUUUUCUAUCCUUACUGGUUACUUUGAAGCACCUGCCGGUAUUGAGCUUCGAGAUGGUCUUUAUUAUAAUGCAUAUUUUCCUGGCCAAGCUAUUGCUAUGGCACCUGCAUUGUAUACCAAUAUUAUUGAAUAUGACGAUGGGACUCCUGCAACUAUGAGUCAAUUGGCAAAAGAUGUGAGUACAUUCUUAAGAUGGGCAUCAGAACCUGACCAUGACAAUCGUAAAAGAAUGGGGAUUAAGGCUUUGUCACUGUUUUCAAUAUUGGUGCUGGCAUCUUGGUACUAUAAACGUCAUAAAUGGACUGUACUAAAGAGUAGAAAACUUGCUUAUUGGGCUGCAACAAGAUGAGUUAAACAAUGUUUGUACAUGUGUUUGGUUUAUAACUUAAACAUCCUAAUUGUUUACCACAAGCACAUAUUUUAUUAAUUAUAUGACAAUAUAAUUGCUUUUCAUAAAUACAAUAUUAUUUCUCACAUUAAAA